AGUGCGUGACCGCGCUCAGAGUCCGUUUGGUAGCGCCGCGCACGCCAUUCUCGCAGCGCCUCUGCCCGUACUGCAUCAACCUUGUGAGGUCCUUGGAGUCAGGGGAAUCUUGGUUCGUUUUGGGGUGUUCCGAUGGCGGCGGCGGCCGCAAGGGGCGCGAUGAGGGCGGUCCGGGUGUUUGAGUUCGGGGGUCCCGAGGUGCUGAGGCUGCAGGCUGAUGUUCCCAUCCCCGCCCCGAAGGACAUGCAGGUGUUAAUUAAGGUCCACGCCUGUGGGGUAAACCCUGUGGAGACUUACAUCCGCUCUGGGAACUACGCUAGACUACCGGCUUUGCCUUACACCCCCGGCUCCGACGUGGCUGGGGUGGUCGAGAGCGUUGGGGAAGGCGUGACUGCGUUCAAGAGAGGUGACAGGGUUUUUGCCUCUGCUACGCUCUCUGGAGGAUAUGCAGAGUAUGCAGUUGCUGAAGCCAAUACUGUCUUUCCUUUGUCGGAUAAGUUGAAUUUCAGUCAAGGAGCAGCGAUUGCAAUACCCUACUUCACUGCUUACCGUGCUCUUUUCCUGAAAGGGCAUGCCAAAGCAGGGGAAAGCGUACUAAUUCAUGGUGCAAGUGGAGGUGUGGGAAUAGCAGCAUGUCAGAUUGCCAGAGCUUAUGGCUUGAAGGUUUUGGGCACGGCAGGAACUGAGGAGGGUAUGAACAUUAUUCUGAGAAACGGUGCUCACCAAGCAUUUAAUCACAGAGAAGCUAAUUAUCUUGACAAAAUUAAGGAAUAUACCAAGAUGCAAGGAGUUAAUAUAAUAGUAGAAAUGCUCUCCAACGUCAAUCUGGCUGCUGACUUACAUCUGCUGUCCCAGGCAGGAAGGGUGAUGGUUGUGGGCUGCAGAGGUUCCAUUGAGAUAAACCCCAGAGACACCAUGAACAAAGAGUCCAGCAUCAUUGGAGUUGGUCGGUUUCUUGAAACUGAGGAGGAGAGGCUUGAAUGUGCGAGGGCAGUCCUUGAUGGCGUGGAGUCUGGCUGGCUGAAGCCAGUCGUGGGCCCCGAGUACCCCCUGCAGGAAGCAGCUAAGGCUCAUGAGGACAUUAUUCACAGCAGUGGUGCUCGAGGAAAGAUGGUACUCCUGCCAUAAAGUAUUUCUCCGUCUACUUUAUAGCUGUUCUAUCUGCACCUUUGCUUACGUGAUUCAUUGAACAUUUUUUUUAAUGAAAUGCAUUUUUAAUCAAAUUUCAGAAGAACAAGAACAAGUGCUAGAUUACAUUAGUUAGUUAUGCUGAUUCAUUAGCAGUGUUUUCUUUUUGUAUAAGCAAUGUUGGGCAAAAUUUAUGGUAAUUUGUGUAACUUUUUUUGGUUGAUGUGGAAAUAAUAACUGCACUGGUUUGACACUGUGAUGGGAAAUUGGGAAUCUCAGCUGGAGUCUGAUACAAAGCACUACUUGAAAUGAGGGCAUUGGGAAGCUGUAAGCAGUGCAGAAUGAAGCCUGCUUUGUGAGCAGAUUGACAAAGGUAUGAAACCAAUGACACACGUGUAACUAGGGCUGUAAAUUCAUUAGCCACAAAACUUGUUUCAUUCAUCUUCUGUCACAGAAUUUGCUUGGAAUCAAAGCUCUUUUUGUCAGGAUAGUUCACUUUCUAGCUCAAAAAAUGGCCAAAGAAUCUCUCAAAUAUGAAUUACUUGAAAGCAGAAGCAGUUCUGUUUUGCUGUGCCUGACUUAGAGCCUAGCUGACAGCACCCCAGUUAAUGCCAAGAGUAGCUGGAGCUGUGUGCGUGCAGCAUAUUUGCUGCUUUGCAACCAAUCAUGCUGGCAGAAGCAGUUGAUUUCUUGAUGGUAGGUGGCUGUCGGAGCAAUUGCAGGUCUUCCUGUGACCCAUAUUAAUUUUAAAGUCACAUGAAUCCCUGCUUGUAAUGAGGAGAAACAGGUCUGUGCUGCUUUCAUGGGUAACUGAAAUCAGUGUUAUUUCAUGACUGGAUCUGUAUGUAUUGUUGGCGUGUUCCAAAUACAGCAAUCCAAACCCAA